GCCUUCUCACCCCUUCCCGCGCUCACCUCGUGCUCUAUAAAAAAAUAACCAUGAUAAAAACUACCGAGCCUGGCGCCUGCUACGCAGGCUAAGAACUAACAAAACAUCACGGUUGUUUAACCUCAUAUACCGUGAACCCUCUAUCGUUUUGUUUUCCCGUUUUUGAUUGUAAGGUCUUCCUUCCUCUACCCUGGAAGCAGAGGUUUUUCUCUUGUUCUCUUACAUGGCUUUUAGCGUUUACGAAGUCGUUCGUAUCGCUUGUCAGUCGCCCAUUUCGUUUAGGCGAGAGAACGACUUCGUGAACGCUGAAAGCCAUGCAAGAGAGGAACUUCUGCUCGCAGGGUAUCCUUCCUCGUUUUCGGGCUAGUCUUUUUCCACACUACCUAGAUUUACCUAGAAGACGAAUGAUAAGAGUUAUCUAUUAAUGGCUCAGUCAAUUCCAGGCGUGCCCAUCCCCUUUGGCAGUUUGGUUUGGAUGCAUAAAUAACCUUGGUUGCAUAAAUAACCAAAUUUUCUUUCCCAUGGUGCUCCGCUAUAAAUACAGUAGAUUACGUUUUAAAAGUUCACUUAAUCACUUUUUUUAAAAGUUUGUUUUCCGCAACACUGAGCCAUUUUAUUUGACUGAGUUAAAUUCGACGUCUGAAAUCAACUCGUGCUACAGACGUGUUUAGAGUCGUGCUGAAGUCGAGCCAGCUUAAAACGGCAUUAGCACGGCGUUUGAAACAGGCCUGAUUCACCCUGGAAAUCGCUUCUUAUCUCAUUUUUAUUAUGGAUUGCAUAUAUUACAAACACAAUAUUACACCGUGGAAAAGAUGAUCAAAUUGUAUUCUUAUACCUGAAUAAUACUUAGAAUUCUCCUCUUUUUUCUAACACAACAUACACGAUUUAAACAAGAAAUGAGAGGAAAAACCGGAGUGGAACGGCAUUAAAAAAAAAAAAACGGCGAGCCAAGCGGUGGACUGGGGAGGGGGAAAGGGCUCUGAACCUUGACCUUUCCCCCGGCAAGAUAGUAUAGCUCGGUUCUUUGUAAUAAUAUUUCCACCUCUAUGUUGCAGGUUGCUCAUUUUACGCAAGAAACCGACCCGUUUAAAGCUGUUAUGUGCCCUUGUCGUGUUUGUCGGUCUUUUUAUUUCCCUCAUUCCAACAAUUUUCCCACAAGUUGAUCCCAAGGCAGAGAAAACAAAGAACGAAGCCCAUGGCGCGUCAAGAGUGUUGUGGCCAAUCAUCUUCAUGCUUGGAUUUGUAAGUACCUCUUGUUUGUUCCGCACAAAAAUCCCAUAAAGUGAAAGAUGGGAGACUUGAGCUCAGACAGAAAAUAGGGAAACUUUUAAGGAACAAGAUUGGUUCAAAAUUAAGGUGUGAAAAUUCCUUGUCUUCAGGCCUAGAAUGCAGAUAGAGGGGGUAUGAAUAAAUCGUCCUUCCCCUGGCUUGCUGGUCUAAAAUGUCCCAGUCUUCUCCCCUAAAGGGGUGACCUUCGGAGUUUUUAUCUUUUCUUACUUGAUGUAGUAAGAAGUCUAGCUGACAUAGAUCUUUAUUAUCACUAAAAAAACACCUUGUAUUGUCUUGCCUUGCAAUUGCCUCCGAUCAGAGCUUUGCUUAGUUUUUCUUUCACUUUCUCCCUAGGUUCCAGCAGCCGUUAUGAAUGUGUUAGAGGAACGGGGUGUAAAGAUGGAGAUUACGGAAAGCAAGGGAUCAAAAAAGGGAAUCAACUUGGUUUAUUUUCUAUUCUGGACCUCGUUGUACCAACUGCUUUGCGUGUCUUUGUUCUUUUGGGCGGAUUUCCUUCCCUGGUAUGGCCAAGUGGACAAUAUCAGAGAAUUUGGAAAAAAGUACGUUCUUUUGUUUUGUUGUCAGGGCGAAAAUUGGUUGGCUUGUCACACCACCUCAUUUAAAAAGUGCGAGUUGGAAAGGGAUUUUGCGCGUUUUUCCACCCAAAUAUGUUGCAGUAAGUAGAAGGUAGCCAUACUUUUCGCAACAAAACUCCGCUGUACCCGCUGCGCGUUUUACCGGCCCAACUCCAGUGUAUGGCGCGACUCGCGCGCAGUUUUAUCCAAUCAGAAGUCAGUAUUCACGCAACUUGCAGCAACCUGAUUUGUGGCAAGGCAGAUUUGAAUGUGUGGUGGUUAAUGAAACGCGCAACAUCACUUUUCAGCUCGUUUCCAAUGCUGUUGUUGAUGAUCCUGUUUGGAGAAAUCGGAUUUAUUUUUUUUUCAUAAAGAGCGAUCUUUUCUCUCGUCUUUUUUGUAGCUGGUGGUACGGAAUUCAAUGCUUCUUUCACGGAGCAGGUUGUAGUUCCACAUCAGGUAUCAGAGGAACCAUGUUUAUCCUCAUGUACGUGGUAUCUUAUGUUGGUGGAGCAAAUCUUUUGAGACACGCUGAGGGAGCAACCUGGUUGGCGAUUGUCACGGUAGAACGACUCACACUAAGGGACGGACCAUUAGAAAACUUAUGGGGGUGCGGGCGAAGUACAAAAAAAUAUAUUCGCGCAAGGGAAAAUUAAAUGAAAAAAAUUCUUGCACGCCAAUUAAUCCUAAAAAAUAUUCAUGCUGUGGCCUAACAAAAAUUCUUACAUGGAAUUUGAUAACGAAAAAAAAUUCCUGCGGCUCGAAAAUUCCCCUCCGCCCCCAAUAACUUUUCUAAUGGUCCGUCCCUAAAUUGACCUUCUCUGCGUGGAAUUAAUAUUUUAGAAAGGAGCUGGUAUUGAGUCUUAUUUUCCCUAGUCCCUAGGCCUCAGUUGCGCGUGGCCGAUGCGUUUCGGGUCACGUGGUCCUAGCGAGUUUUUGAGGCUACGUCAGCGAGUUGGCCGACAAGUUUUUUCGUCGGAUAUUAUGCACUAACAAUCUUACAUAUGUACCAAGUUCAUUUUCCUGAAGAAAAUGAGCCUGGGGCAAUUUUCUUUAACUUCUGUUCUUCUGUGAUAUCAUUAUUCAAACUUCGUUCAAAAUUUGAAGUCUUGCAAAGGGGAAACCAUCACGCAAGACAUAAUAAAUGAAAUUAAUUUAUAAAAAUGUCUUAGAAUUAUGGAUUCUGUCCGAGAAACCUGGAUUCUGAGGCAGGUUUCGCCAUUGCCAGUGACGUUAAUGAUUUUUAUUGCUUUUGUUUCACGUAGUCACUCGUUACACCUUUAGGAUUCAUUUUCUGGACUUUGUUCACUGAAUCACCGUUCAAGUGGCACCCGGAAGGUCACGUGAGCACCUGGUUCAGUAUCGGCGCGCUUGCGCUCAUGGUUCCCGCCAUUUUUGUUUACAACGUGGGGUAAGAAUUAAAUAUCGUAUUAACUAGAAAGACUAACUCCCUCGAAUGAGCGCCGCAUCAUUCCACCUUCAUUGCGGCAUUAAUUUUUUUCUUGGCAUUCGUUGUUGUUUUCUUGACAUCGUUAAUGCUGCAGACUUGCCGACCCCUAAAAGUAAAAAAAAAAUGUGAGAUUCUGAACCUAGAGCUGCGAAAAGAAGUAAGAAAUUAGUAAAACGUCCUGAGAUGUCCCAAAUUUCCCAGUAAAAGGACUUCCAGGUUUCAGUGGAGAUUAUGGUUACUGGAAAUCACUAAAUUACUUUAAAGCUGGAGCAGUAAACAUCACGAUCAAUUCUACAAUUACAUGUAAGGUUUUGUAAUAUCUGUGUUUUGUUGGCACCAUCUUGAAACAAGAGAAACAGUAAGUCUGCACAUUUGGUGGCAGCAGCAAGCCGCGGUAGGCUAAAAGAAUGUAAUCAAACGCGACCUACUCAGGGGCACCCAACGGGAAAUUUUGAGAAAAAGACCUAAAAACAACAACAAAGCGUGAAUAAAGUUUUCUGAGGCUAUUUUAAGCAUUUUGGGGGAUUGCUGGAAAAAAAUUAUCUGUUCCUCACUCCCAGCAAGACUAAUGGAAGAGUUCCCAGCCAGCAACCUUACAACCUCCAACCUGACUUACUGGGAAGUUUCAAAGGGCACAAUUCAGAUCUUGAGUGGUAAGUAACCCAUACAAGUAACCCGUAGCAGCUAUUCUAGACUUCAAGUCCCCUCUGACACCUUGAAUUAUCUUUUUCCCAGCAACACUUUCCUUUCAAGGACUAUUAUUUCUUCCACAUCUCCCAGCCAGCAAAAAUGUGCCUGAAGAACAGAUAUUUUGAGGAACAGAUCCAGUGGGUGCCCCUGCCUACUAAGCGUUUUCUUUGGGUUGAGCUGGCUAUCUAUUGGAAACGAACCCUACAGGUCCAAAGUUUUUUGGAGUUUGACUUUUCGAGAAAGCGUAAAAAAUCAGUUGUCAAAUCGUGAGAGCGUGAAACAGGUUCUAAAAUCGUGAGUGGCAAGUCUGAUGCUGAUCAUAGUUUAGUGGGGUGGAGCUGCUUUUCGGCUGAAGAAACGCGUGUAACACUACUAAGGAGGCCUGUCUCAGUAUAUUGGGCCUUUAUUUUGGAAAGAACAAUAAUAGACUCAAUUUCGACAAUAUGGAAACUUUUUAAUUGCAUCUUUUGGACAUUGGGUCUAUAUUAGUUUGAGGGUUUUUUUUAGUCGGUCGAAUCCCGAGAUAAAUUUUCCUGGAGGUAGAACUGUUUUAAAAAUACCCUCUUCUCAUAAUGUAGUUUGUUUCUUUGUUUUGUUUUUCCUUUCUUUUCUUUAAUGGUAAAGAUUUCUCGCGCGCUCUAUCGGCCAUUUUCGAACUGCUUGUGAGCAAGCGCGAAGCUGCGAGGGUUCGCGUCUCCUGUCGCGUGCCUCUCGCGCGUCUACUUUUCACGAUAUCCCCCAAAAGGAGAGCUUGCUCGUAGGCUACCAGUGGGACUGGGACAGGUCAGUCAGUGUUGUAUCGAAUUGCAUUAUGGCACUCUUUUGGGGAAAAUAUUUUGACCCAGAGUACUCCAGUGCAAUUUUUGUGUUAUCAUUAAAAUAUGUGAUAGCGUCCCCAAAACAUCCCCAUUGCGCAAUUCGUACCCAUCGAGUCUCACUCAAAAAGUCAAAAUGGUCAAAUUUCAUCUAACUCUGUUUUCUUUGUAUUCUUUUAGAGCGCCUGAGAUUUCCUUAAAUGCAGGUGAAGACCACAAGGGGUUUAUCCAUUCAGAUUCUAUUGGCGAAUACAACUCUGUUGAAGGUGGCUUACAUCAACCUCUUCUCUCAGACGCCACUCAGCCAACUAGCUAUAGCGUUUAAUACAUGACGCGAAUUCCUCAAUUAAUGGUAUUACCCUUACCCUCUCAAAGAGGUUUUUAGAGAUAAUCUAUAACAAACAACAUUGCAAAUGAAUAUUACUAGUGUGGCCGAAAAUUUGAACUCGAGAGUACAGUACCUAGAAACGAAUCCCGGCUUGUUCACCACCUAACCACGCCCUAAGCAAUUCUUCUUGUUUUUACUGAGUUUCAUUUAAAAUUUCAUGUGAUUAUUGGCGAGUAUAACGAGCUGCAAGUUUAUAAAUAAACAGAUCCACUAACAGACACAAAAGGCUUUAUUCUAGCCUCUUAAAAUGCCUGUCUUCCUGUCCAAUGGUAAUCAUUGGAGACAUCAAGAAACAAGAGAGAAUGAACUCCUUCUCGAUCUCUCGAAAAAAUCUUUUUUCAGUGCAAUCUUCUUAGCUUGUUCCUGACAUUUAGAUACUAGAUAGCCUGCGAACGCACACUGACGUAUUUCUGGCCGUCACUUCUUUUGGAAAUCCCCCACGUCUCUCUACGUUUGCAAGGCUCAGAUUUUGUAUAUGUCGCUCGCACAAGAAAGAUACACACUAUUUAAAGGCGACUUACAAAAUAAUUUCCGAGUUCCAAGAACUCUCACUUUCAAAACGAGCCUAAGUGCUUGUGGAAUUUAAAAUGAAUUAUACUGUAUUUGCAAGAGAAUAAUAAAAAAAAAAACUUCUUCAUAUCAAUAGCUUCACACUUCAAAACACCUUUAAAACAGAGGCUUGCGGUAACUCAGAAAUGGCCCAUUAGUUUCGUCCUAGACCUCCUCAGUUGAUCGCCAUAUAUACAAUAAAAAUAUCAAAAAAGAGUAAACAGAUAUUUCAAGUAACAAUGCAUACAUUGUGAUGCGGACAUAGUUGCGCGACCAUUGACCCUUCACGGCUGGUUUGUUUAGUUUGACAUGAAAGAGUUUAAUCCGGAAGACAAAGUAGGUAAGGUAAGGUGAAGGCGCACACAAGCCAAAGGCCCAAACGGCCCGGAGCUUAUCCCGGUUUCCUUAGCAUGAAGCACGCCUAGGACUGCUAGGAGUAUUGCUACUCCCCCCUGGACAAGAUGCUAGUCCAUCGCAGGGUUACCCCCAGUACUGAGUAUGUCGCCGGUACCCAUUUAUACACCUGGGUGAAGAGAAACAUGUCAAAGUGGAGUAAAGUUCCUUGUCCAAGGAAACAACGCGACGGGCGAGGCUUGAACCCCGGAGUUCGAGCAGAGGUGGUAUUAAAUUAAGCGCUCGGCCACACAUGCCUCCACUGAAAACAAAGUACUUUUCUUAAAAUAGCCUGAAUUUCAGACGUUUUCUACGAGUCAUCAUUACUCCAUCAGUAACAGCAAAAACGACUCGAAGUAAUCGUCUAGGAUAUUGUUAAAAUAGUUGUUUCUCACUCUUACACCAGUGUUAUUAGUCACGAGCUGUCGUGUUCGGAUAUUUUGCCAUAUUUCUGAUAAUUACCAAUAAAACUCUUGACUGAAAAUUAGAGGAAAAUCCUCUCUUCCCGAAACUUUCUGUUUCUCAUCGACAUCUACCCUCCCCUCUCCCACCUUAAUUUCUCUGUUUCCUCCCCUGAAAAAUCCCCUCAGCCCUCCCCAUUGUUUUUCUUUAUUAUGGCACCCUGCAGAGUUUUGCCGGUAAUUUGACAUGACAGAAGUUAUGUAAUCCGAUCCCAAAACUGCAGAUGAAUCGGUUUUAUGCUAGCCUGCGAGCAGGCUCAUUCGUAUUUUUAAAAAGAUCUCCACGGGACGAACAAUUCCUUGCUGAAGGUUUUUGGUUUUGAACUCGACUGAAGCCAGGGACUGAAGACCGGCCGGCGGACCCCAGCGGAUUUAUAGCUCGACCCGGCCGAAGUAAGCUUAUCUCUUUACGCCAUGAAUACUUCUCCAGAAGAUUACGAGCCACCUGUACUAGACAACUUUGCCUCUGCAGAGAGUGUUCCACUUUUUAGAUCUUCAGAGAAACAACCUCGAAUAAGGCAUUUGACAUCAUGUUGUUAUUCUUCACGCAAUUUCGCCACACUUCUGUUUGCCAUAAUGAGCGUGACAGGGCAAAUAGCACAAUACGUUUCACUACCAUUAUGGAUAGACAGUACAUCACAGCCAACGAUCUCUUCUACAAAUCAAUCGAUAAAAUGGAAACCAACAGUGGACAGUUAUUUCGUAGCUUCAUUCGCUGCUCUUUCGUUCGUAAUUGUAUUUGGCUUUGCUCUGCUUUGCUGUAAUAUCAUUUGCCCAAAUAACUUCACGGAAAUAGACUGGAGUUAUCGUCGUUUGCUACUCCUGCUUGGUUCCAUUCAAGGAGUGUCCGCUCUAUUUAUUGUGUUUUCUAGCAGUGGGAAAAGGACACCUCCUUAUUUGCAGGCAAUUCUUGGAAAUUUCAGCAUUCCCAUAACACUAUUGUUCCGGUAAGAAUCAAGUAUUUUGGGCAAUAGACCUAUCAGCUUGUAAGUUUUGUUUUCCCAAUACAGGUCAUGUGAUAAUACUGUAGAGAGCUGUUUCUUUUCAAAUUUCGUCUUAUUUACUAUUCUUAUUCCUUGAGACCUCUAUUGGGAAAACAAACAUACAAGCUAAAGAGAUCUAUUUUGCAAUUGCAUGCAUGUAGCAAUUAUGCAAAGCUGCCAUAUAUUAAGUUAAAUAUUUUACUUUGAACUCACCAUCUGUCUUCUCAUUGGCUAAGAUCGCCUACAAUUAAUUUUGGAAAUCAGCGCAUAUAUGAAAACUCAGCCGUUGAGACCUCAGACUCCUAGAUGUCUUGAAGACUCAUGUCUGGAAAACUCAGACCCCCAAAAAACUCAGACCCCUUUUUAAUAUGGAUAUGAUCAGGGAUGAUAUCACAGGGUGAUUCAGGUCGACCAUGACAAUACCCCAUCCUUCAGGGAAUGACUGUGUAUUUUAAAAUUGGCGAGAGUUUUUCUGUUUGUUGGAUAUAACAUAUCAAAAAUCCUAGUGACCUAGAAAACAUCUGUGCCUUGGAAAUAAUUUGUUGUGCCUUGACCUGAAAUGAACGAAAACACGCAUUAUACAACCUGGUUAAUUAUGGACACCGACGGGACAUGUCAUAGCAUCUGUUGUUGACUUUAAAACCUUUUCCUCUCGUUUGUUAGCUGGCAGCUGACUUGUUUGUUUCAAUAUGGUAAUCUAUAUUGUGACAUGGUGAAAGUAUCAUGCAAUGCCUCCCAUCCACGCCCCCCGGCACCCUCUCUCUCGCCUCUCGCUGCUGAGUCAGUUGCAUGCACUCUGCUAUCUCAAAAAAUAACAAAAAUAAAAGAGAGAGAGGGACUGCUCGUGGUCUAUGGUAAGUUAUAAUAAUUUGAAAACAUUGAAGUUAAGGUCUGUGUUUUCGAGGCACCCAAGGGUCUUGGUUUAUUGGGGGUCUGAGUUUUCGUGACACCUCAACCUACAGAUUCUGUAGGUAAUUGGCAUACAAUGGCAUGAUUUCCAAGAGCAUGUCAUCGGUAUGUUUGUCAUUAUUUUCUUUAAACAAAUUAUGAUUAUUGAGUAAAAGUCAAUAUUAGAUUUGUUUGUUUGUUUGUUUGCUUUUUUGUGGAAUCUUGAAAAUAAGGUCUUGCUAAGAGGGCUGAGGCCAAUAACACUUAAUCAGACCUUGAUUAUUCCAGAUAUCACAAAAACUUAUUAAGUGGACAUGCAUCCCCUAUAGUUAUGGCCCCUACGUAGUUCCUGUAAAGCUGAUUAAACUAUCCUCCAAUUAUAGUGCUGAAUCCACAGCUAAAUUACAUAUAAUUUCCCUGAUGACAAAUCGUGUGUUAAAAAGGGGUUCCUAAAAGCCAAAGUAUCCCAGGAUUGAUUUAUAUGAGAAAAGUGGUGAAAUGAACCAGCCUAACUAGUUUUUCACAUGCAUGCUUAUGUGAAAUAUAUGGUGUGAAAAAUGUUUAUGUGCAGGUCUCAGUAAUAUUGUACAAUAAGAAUUUGUAGUGCAUGAUUUUUGCAGGGGUACAGUUUUGAACCCAGGCCUCAAUAGAGAUGGUACAGCUGACUCAGUUAUGACCAGUGCUUUAAUUAUUAGUGAACGGAUGCUUCCACUCAGAAAACCAUUUUGACAAGAGAAAACAAGAUUGACUAUUCCAGAAGUUGGGCUUGGGCGACCUCCAAUGCUUGACACAGUAGAUCUGUUCAGCUUGUAAUGUUUUGUUUUCCCAGUAGAGGUCCCAGGGGAACUUGACCCUUUGUCUUUUCAUAAAUCAUGCAUAGAUCAUGCAUGUGAAUAAGACAAAAUUUGAAAGAAACAGUUCUCUAGAGUGUUGUCACAUGACCUGUCAAGGGAAAACAAAACAAACAAGUUAAAGAGGUCUAUUCAUGGCAGAGCCCUCCGUUUCUCUCCAGAAGACAAAACUAAGGCGAGGCUCUUCUUGCAGGGUGAUCUAGGCCCUCCUGCAUGCUGUAACUAAUUGAUCAUUGUUGUUGUUUUUUAUUUCAGGUUUCUUUUUUUAAAGAAGAUUCCCACCAUGAGAAAGCUCCUAUCUGCAGCCUUUGUUGUCCUGGGUCUUUUUAUUUGUCUCAUUCCGACAAUAUUUCCAUGUAUAGAUCCCAAAGCCUCAACCAAGCAUGAUCUGGGAGGAGCAACUGGACUUGCUAGAAUCUUUUGGCCCAUAGCUUUUAUGUUUGGAUUUGUAAGUAGAAAUUGGUUUCUUGCAAGUAUUAUAUUGUAUCUUAGUGUUUUUUGGUUUCCUUUUUUUAUUUUUGUUUGUGGCAAUACCUGCUGUAAAGUAGUGAUACUUGCAGUACUGUAAUCAGCUAAGCAUAUUAGACCACAUUAAAAAAGGUUACUUUCUUCCUUACUUUACUUACAAGCAGUACUUAUAAUAUAACCAGUGACUCUUCUUGACUGAAUGUCUGAUUCAUUCAUUACCUUUGUCAUUUGAAGAAAAGAGAAUUAAAGUGAUAUCCUAAGUAUAUCAAUCCUCUUAUUAGCAUUUUUGUUAUCACUUCAAUGUAAGGCUAUGCUCACACUAUAUACCAGGUAGAUUUUCAUGGUGCUAUGACAACCCUCAAAGUUGCGACCAUUUUGGUCGCCAUGGUGCCUAAAGUUUUGGAGCUGGCAACUUGAUUUGUAGAAAAGUCUCCCUAAACCAAAAGAGUUAGUUGCCAAAUGGCGACCAAGCAAAAACUUUAACUUGGAGGGUUAUAUGGAAAGCUAUUGGUGAACACCUCUCUGAUAUGCGACUCUCUGCUUUGGCGAGUGAUGUGACACAGCUUCUCUCUGUCACAGAAAUUGCGCUGCCACAAACUUUCUUGUGUGUGCAGUGGACAGAAGCUCCAUCCAGUACGAUUUCCAUGGUGGUACAAACGCUUUGUUGCAUAUAUAGUGCGAACCAAAAAUUUCACACCUCUGUUAGUGACAUAUACAGAACUCCUAUGGUUAGGUUAAGAUCAUAAAAUUAGUUUGGCUGACAAUUUGAUGGCAAAUGAUUAGUACCAUGUAGUAACAGUCUUUUAUAUGGCCUGCCGGAGUAUCAACUCAAUAAGCUACAGCGUGUGCAGAACAUGUGUGCUAGAUUAAUAUGCAAUGAAAGUAAAAUAUUACCACAUUACUCCUUUAUUAGUAGAUUUACAUUGGCUGCCUGUAAAGUUCAGAAUUGAAUUUAAAAUCCUGUUGAUUGUUUUUAAGAUUUUUAAGGGCUUAUAUAGCACCUUCAUACUUAAGAUUUUUAAUUACUCUUAAGCCUGUAUCUAAAUAUAAUUUAAGAAGUUCCAGCGACAGUACCCUACUUAGUUAUCUGAAUGUUAAGCCCAAGGCAACUCUCGGUGAACGGGCCUUUCUGUUUGCUGCACCUAAGCUAUGGAAUGCUGUGCCGAGAUUUAUUAGGGAAUCCAUUUCAGUUGACACUUUUAAGAGAAAGUUGAAGACUCACCUUUUUAAAAAAAGCAUUUUGUACCACUUAGAUUAUAAGAUUGUAUUUUUAGCUUACUAGACUAUAAAUAAUUUUCAGCUUAUAAUUUUUAAGAUUUUGCUAACAGAUUUUAUCUUUUUAACUUUUAGCCAUUAGUUUUUCUAUUCUAUAUCUAUAUUAUCAUCUUAUUUUAUCAUUUUUACUAUCAUAAUUAUUCAUAAUUUUUAUUAGUAGUAGUAUUAUUGUUUUGUUUUGUUUUUGUUUUUUGUUUUUUUUUCCCCAUGGCGCAUUUGAAUAUAUUUAUAUAGAUAUUUGCGUCUUAUAAGUUUUUGAAAUUAAUUAAUUAAUUACCAUGCAGCUGACUGUUGACCAACAGUCGGCCGACAAACGACUGACAGUGAGCCAACAGAGCAAGGGAAUUAACUUGUAUAUUCUGAGUCAAUUUCUGCAAUCUGUAGAGACAUUCCAGAACCAAUCGUUUGAUAACUUUUUGCUUGAAAUAAUCCCUAGAUGUGAUGUGAUGUUUUCAUAAAUAAUUUUUUUUACAUAAAUGUUAAUAUGUAAAAUUGUAAAAAAAUAAUAUGCAUUAAGGUAAUUUUUUAUUUCAUUUUCAGUAAAUAAUUAGAAUUACAUAACUGUUAACUAUUUCGUUCUUGUUUUGUUUUGUUUGUUUGUUUGAUUUCUUUUAAGGGAAUUACAGGCACUGCUUUUAUUGUUGAAGAGAAAGCUGUGAAAAUGGGAGGAAAUGUCGGCCAUAAUUCUCAAGCUAGCUUGUUAUCUGUCUUGUUCUGGACCUCAUUAUCACAAUUUCUAGCUUUGUUGCUACUAUUCUGGACUGACAUAAUCCCUGGCUUUGGACAUACAAACAACAUUCAUGAAUUCAUUGCCAAGUGAGUGCUUAUGAAUAGCAGCCAUUAUACACCUUAUAUAAUAUUUCAAAAUCUCAGUGGCACUGUUUAAUUUUAAUUUUUUUAAUUUUUAAUUUAGGCAAAAUUAAACUUGAAGCAAUGCUGGUCAGCAGUCUCCUCAGCUAUACAAGGGGUGGCCUGAUGCCUCUAGCAGGGGCACCUCGUGACUUAUAUAUGCAGUUGCUUGCUUGCAGUUCGUCGCAAAGUGUUGUUGCAAUAGCUUGCUGUUUGCAUGCCAUUUUGUGCUUUGGGCUUUAUGUUUGUUUGUUUCAUUUCUGGCAGAUUCGAUUCAGCAUUCGUCAAUUAAAGUAUAUUUAUCUGCAGUUCACUCCUUGCACAGUGAGCAAGGUUUUCCUGACCCUUUGCUUAAUUGCCUGCGGCUUCAACGGGUGUUAACAGGGGUCAAGGGUUCCCAAGGUUCCCCGGCUGCUCGUCACCUUCCGAUUACCUACAUGCUGGGUUAUUUUGGUUUUCUCAGUGCUGCAGAAUUUACAGUCCCCAAUUUAGCUAGCUUUUCUCCAGCUAGUCAUCUGUCAGUAACAGACAUCACAGUGGAUUUGCUCCAGUCGCCAACCUGCCUCCGUGUUCGGAUAAAAGCGUCAAAAACAGAUCCAUUCCGUCAGGGUUGCCACAUCCAUAUUGGUCUGGGAAGGGCACCCCUCCGCGCAGUUCAGGCUUAGCUGGCUUACCUCUCCUUGCGAGGAAAUGUCCCUGGCCCCUUGUUCUUACUGGCCAAUGGUCAACCUCUGUCUCGCUCAAUCCUGACUGAUUGGCGGCGGCAAAUUUUCUCCACCGCAGGGAUUGAGGGCAAUUUGUCCAGCCAAGGCUUCCACAUUGGGGCAGGCAUGGUAGCAGCUCGCAAUGGUAUUCCAGACCACCAAAUUCAGGCUCUUGGACGUUGGCCUAGCAAUGCUUACCAGCUUUAUAUCCGCACACCUUCUGAAGCUCUUGCGGGCAUCUCUAGUCAGCUCGUUUGACAUCAGGUGUCGUUGCCAUUUGUUAUCCACAGCUCCUUUGACAUUGCAGUCGAGUUAAGUACUGAAUUGCCCUGGGCUUGCACCGCGGUUUUUUGGUGUUGCUCUCACUGUCAGCUGAAUUCCGUUGGUAAGUGUGUUGUCUGUUUUUUUUUUUAUGCAACUGCUGCAGCUUGGUGCUUGGGGUUGUUGGAGUCGCAGGUUCCAUUUCAUCCUUUUUUACUGGCCCCUCCUUUUUCAAGCACCAAGGAGAUUUUGGUUGGGUGGGGCCGCACGCAGGGUUGCCAUGGAUACCUCCUCCUCAUGCUAAAACAUUGCCCGGCUCCACCAACUUUGUAGGCACCAAUGCCCAAGCUCAUCUAUUGGUGAUGAGUUUAAAUGUGGCUAAAUGUAAUUUAGGCAAAGUUAACCUCGAAGCAAUGCUGGUCAGCAGUUUCCCCAGCUAUACUAGGGGUGGCCCGAUGCCUCUAGCAGGGGCACCUCGUGACUUAUAUUUGCAGUUGCUUGCUUGCAGUUCUUCGCAAAGUGUUGUUGCAAUAGCUUGCUGUUUCAAGCCAUUUUGUGCUUUGGUUUUUUCCCAUCCCGCCCUCCCUCUUGAGGUAUGGGCCAGGUAAGUAUUGGUCGGUAAGUAUUCCACUGAAUUGUUCAGUGUGACUGUGCCUGGUGGGGGCCGCUCGCAGGGUUGCCAUGGAUACCUCUUCCUCAUGCUAGAGCAUUGCCUGGCUCCACCAACUUUGUAGGCACCAGCGCCCAAGCUCAUCUAAUUGUGAUGAGUUUAAUUAUAUUUAUGCUAAUUAGCCUUCUUGCCUCAAUUGCACUUGCUGUAGAAUUAAAGAGAUAAAUUUUACCUUAAAAUGAGGCAUCGAGGGUUAGUCAUCAUAAAGACAAUAAUAAAAUGAUUUGAUGCCAUCUCAGAAUAAGAAAAAUCAAACAAAGUAACAGUAUUUGUUGUUUCAAACGUCGAUCAUUAUCAAUAUUAUAAUUUUUUAGGUGUUUCUUGUCAAAUGCUUUAUUUAAGUUAUAUUAUUGGGUUAGAGCCCUAUAAUGUGAUUUCUCAGAAAACAUUAAAAUAGUAAGUUAACAUAGCUUGCAUGUGCAAACAACAUUGGAGAGUUCAGAUUUAAAAAUAAAAUUUUUGCAUGUCCUAUUGUUUGUUGUUGUUCUUUUUUUCACUCAAAGAACUUAUUAAUAAUAAAAUAACUUUGAAUUAGGCUAGGGGUGGUCAGAUAUCAAUUCUGUUGAUACAAUCACUCCUACCCCUGCAAAAAAAAGCCGGGAGAGCCAAGAAAAGCCAGGAGAUCCUGGCUUUCUUGGCUUUUCCAGGCUUUUUCCUCAAAAAAGCCUGGAAAAGCCAAGAAAAGGAAGGAUUUCCAGGCUUUCUUGGAAAGCCUGGGUUGUCAUUCCAGGAAAAGCCUGAAGAGCCAAGAGUUCACUCUUGGCUUUCACAGAAAGCCUGGAAUUUGAUCACUCUAUCAAGAGCAAGAAAAGCCACGAAAAGCCAGGAUAACUGAAAAUUUUCCUGUCUUUGAAGGAAAGGCUGGAGUGACUAACUGCAGUGUUGCCAAGAAUAGCCAAGAAAGCCAGGAAUGACAUUUACUGAAAUUUAAAUUUCCUUCCUUUCAAGGAGAGGCUUAAAACACACACAACCACACAAGAAGUGUAGUAACGUUAGCAUAUAUCUAUAAGACCCUCCACUGAUACAUGUACUUCCACACAGUGAAAUGUUUAUUAGCUGGACUUAAAAUAAUGAUUUGUCAAAGUUUUCUGUCUGUCUUUGUCAAGUCAGUAUUUGGUAUCUGCCCAAGGAAUUCUUAAUAGUAUAUGGAUUAUUUUGUUAUUCAAGGGUUAUUUGAAAAGAUCUGUUGAAACAAAUUUGUUUUCAUUUUAAAGAGGGAAAAUAAUAAAGCAAAGUUUCUUCAGCUGAAUGUUGAAGAUGAACUCCUGACUAUGAUACCAAGCAAUGAUCAAUAUAAACAAUGUAAUUGCUAAACAAUCGUCUUUUAGAAUCAAUAAAAUUAAAGUAACGAUGAAGAAGAUGUUGUAAGCUCAAAUUUUUUAUUUUCCUGACCAUUUGUUUUUUGCUAGCUGGACUUUUGGAUUUCAGUGUGUAUUUGGUGGAGCAGGUUGUUCCUCUGUGCCAGGUGUACUUGCAUUUCUGUUUAUCCUGGGUUACAUCAUGGCAGUCAGUGGAUUUGCUCUGCUUCUGCGCUACGCUGAAGGAGCAACAUUGUUAGCUAUAGUGUUGGUGAGUGUACUUCAUUGUCCUUUAAUCCUUUCACUCAAUUUCCUAUACUAAUUCAUAAAAUAGUAGCGUGUGAAAUGUGGUCAUUAUUUAUUUAUUUAUUAUUUACUCAUUUACUAUUAUUGUAAUAAUCAUAGUUCCUUUGCCCGAGCACCCACUAGUGCAGGAAUUUCCUGAUUCAGCCCCCGUUCGAUAUAUUAAAAUUCUAAUGUGACUCUGAGGCUUUUUUCUAUAUUUGGUUUGGUUUUCCUUGUGCUCAAGUCCCUUCUGGGAAUUGCAAAACAAUGGAGGCUUAAAAAGUUUGUAAUUUUGACCCUAAAGUCUCAGAGUCAUGUUAGAAUUUUAAUAAAUCGAACGUGGACUAUUAAGUCAAAAGAUUAUUUUUUUGUGGGGGGGGGGGGGGGGGGAAAGGGGGGGGGGGGGGGGGGGGGGUUGCGUGGGUAAAAAACACCAACCUCGAGGGGAAGCAGAGGUCCUUAUUUUGAAGUAACCCUUCCCCCCACCCCCACGCCGUAUUUGUAACAAUUUUUUUUUUUUUUUCAGAGUGCUCACCCCCCAACUAUACAUCUCUUCUCCCCCCCCCUCUCUUUUUAAUUUUAAAAUUUUUUAAUUUUGACAUAAAAAGCAUUAGAUAAUAUUUAAUUUUUUAAAUGAGGGGGGGGGGAAAUAAAGAAAAAAUUUUUUUUGUGGGGGGGGGGGGGGGGGGAGGAGAUAGGGGAGGAAGGGAGGGGGUGAUUACCUUGAAUCAUAAACUCAACCUAGAGGGUCAGCAGAUGUCCUUAGUCUGAAGUAUCACUUGCCACCCAUCCAGCUGCGUAGUUAGGACAACAAGCUGACAAACCUCCUGAACAAGCUUGGUGACAAGCCCAAAGUGUGAACGAUACUUUUAACUGAAGAGUAUUUUUGUUUUUAUUUCAGUCAUUAUGCACUCCCCUAGGGUUUGUAUUCUGGAUGUUGUUUCAGGAGCACCCAUUCCACUGGAACCCGACUUUACACACAAGUUCAUGGUUCAGCAUUGCUGCCUUGCUAAUUAUGAUUCCUGCUGCUUUUAUAUACAACACUGGGUGAGUGUUAAUUUAUUAGUUUAAAAACUAGACUGUAAGCAGUCCACUCCAUGCAUAACCGCACUUUAAUUUCCUCCCCUCUCUUUUUGCUUUUCGUGCCUCAUUUUUUUUUUUUUGCUGGGCAUUUGGUAGGCUUCAUUUUGGUGGAAAAUUUUUCAGGGAAGGUUUUAGGAUCUUAGGAUUAGAUGAAAGGAAAGGUAGGUGGGCAGUGGAACAAUAUUUUCUUGGAAAUUUUCAGGUCAAUGUUAAACGGUUUUUUGCCUUUUUCUUCGGUGUCCUUUACUGCCCCUUCUGGUAUGGUUUGAAAGAUCUCUUCACUUUGCACUUCACUCCUUGACCAUUAAAACUGAUGAUGUCACAAGCAGUAGAAGGGAUGUGGAUCCGCACCGGUGGUUACGGGCAGCUCAGGGGCGAAUUUGUUGAAAGAAAAGAUGCACUGCAAGCAGUAAAUCAGAAACACAUUUGUUGAAUUGAUGAUAGCUUAUUUUAUUGUGUUUAUUUGUUAUAUCAUUAUGUCAGCUAAUCUUGUUCAAAUAUUAAUAUUGUUGUGUAGUGGGGAGACUCUAUUUUGAUGACUUCUUUGUUUCUUUUUUGUCUUUGUGCAUGCUGCAAGCUUUUACACUACACUUAAGAUAAGCCAUAUAAAUAUUGCGAAGUUCCCCAGUGAUUGCAUCACUUUAUAUCUCCCUUAGCUCUUUUUGGUCAUCUCUUUUUCCAUUUAGGAUUAUUAUUCUUGAAGUGCAUUAUUAUUAUUUUUAUUCCUUUACACAGAUCACCAGAGAGAGAAAGGGAAAGACAAGAAAUGGCUCCUGCUAAUCCUUGAAAAAAGUUUAAAAAAAAGUUAUAUUGACAAUAAAUCCAAUUUGAGCUUAUAAUUAAUUACCACUCAGAAUUUGUAAUAAAUAUAAAUUAAUUGGCACCUAGGACACUUUCCAAAAGUUAGAACUUGCAGGACAAGCCGAUCAUUCAAAAUGAAAUUUAAGUUUCAGCUGUAGGCCC